GAUUUCAAAACUUCACGGGUUUCGAGUUUCGCAGAGAUGAACUCUGAAGUGGAUUACGGAGGCUCCGGCAGCAGCGGCAACGGGAAGCUGCGCCAGUGGCUGAUCGAGCAGGUGGACUGCGGGAAGUAUCCCGGCCUGGUGUGGGAGAACGAUGAAAAGAGCAUCUUUAGGAUACCAUGGAAACACGCCGGGAAACAGGAUUAUAACCGGGAUGAGGAUGCCGCGCUUUUCAAGGCAUGGGCGCUUUUUAAGGGCAAGUUUCGGGAGGGGAUCGACAAGCCAGACCCUCCGACCUGGAAGACGCGCCUGCGCUGCGCUCUCAACAAGAGCAACGACUUUGAGGAGCUGGUGGAGAGAAGCCAGCUGGACAUCUCUGACCCAUACAAAGUGUACCGCAUCAUCCCUGAGGGCGCCAAGAAAAGACCCAGGCAAGAGGACAGUCCUCUGAGCCCAGUGAGCUAUCCCAUGCAUCAUCCCUACCCCACUGUACCAGCUCAGAUACCACAGUUCAUGCCAAGCCCUGAAUGCAGCUGGAGAGAUUACUGCCCUGAGCAGCCGUCCCUGCCUGAGCUGUCCUUCAACCAGUGCCCCUGUCCCCCACGCAGCCUGCAGUGGCAGACCUCAUCCAUGGAGAACGGAUACCAGCUCAGAGCUUCCAUUUACUCCUACAGUCCCGCAGACAGUCAGCCGUCUCCCUUCCCGCUGGACGCAAGCAUCAGAUCAGCAGAGGCGCUCUCAGAUUUCCGCCUCCAUGUGUUGGUCUAUGUACGAGACACGCUGGUGAGGGAGGUGACCACCUCCAGUCCAGAGGGGUGCCACAUCACCCCGGGUGCCCCAGAGAAGCCUUACCUGUCGCCGGGUGGACCUGACGUUGUGCCUCUACCUGUGGACGCCCUCUCUGCCCAGAGGAGAGCGGACGAGUGUCCCCCCAGCCCACCGUCCGGCCUGGAAAGGGGGGUCUUGCUGUGGAUGGGUGCAGAUGGACUCUACGCGCGCAGGUUUUGUCAGAGUAGGGUUUACUGGCAGGGAGGCCCUUCGCCGUACGGAGACAAGCCCAACAAACUGGACAAAGAUGUCACCUGCAAACUUCUACACACACAGGACUACCUUACAGAGAUCCAGAGUUUCGGGCUCCAUGGACGGCCGCCCAGUCGCUUUCAGGUCCUGCUGAGUUUUGGCGACGAGUGUUUGGAUCCUCAGAGACAAAGGCGUACCCUCACAGUCCAGGUGGAACCGUUAUUCGCCAGGCAGCUCCUGUACUACGCCCAGCAGACGGGCGGCCAUUACUACCGCGGCUACGAGCAUCCUGCAGUAACAGAGCAUCUAAACGCCACUGAGGACUAUCCAAGAGCUAUCACGCAUCAUCACAGUAGCAGCCUCCAAGAGUGAACCAUGAGUGCCUUGAGUGACUGUUAAAAAAUCCUUU